AUGAAGCAUCUUACCCUUCUCCUCGUGGCGAUCACAGCCUACACUUCCUGCUUCAGCGACACCUUCCUAUACCCUCGCGCUGCCGGUGAUCUAGCCGCCAACAACCUCUUUAAUUACACCGAGCUGGGGGGACCGUUCAAAUGGCACCAUAUAAACAAGACUAACGCUGCCUGCUCUCAAGGAAAGCAUCAAUCCCCAAUCGACGUCCUCAGCGAGGAGAUUGACUAUGUCACAUCUAGCAGCCUCAUAUUCGAUAUCCCCGCCGCCGAUGAAGCCAGGCUUUCGAACCUGGGCUCGGGUCUAGAGGUAGCACUGGCGCAGGGCGGUCUCACUGUUAACGAGGACCACCAGUACCAGCUGGCCCAGUUUCACUUCCACACCCCGAGCGAGCAUCGCGUGGACCAAGAAUACUUUCCCCUGGAGGUGCACUUCGUCUUCAAGGACUAUGAAACCAAGAUAGCAGUGGUAGCCUUCCUCUUCCAGCUCUCCCCCACCAGCGAAGCCGCUCACCCGUUCGAUUCCAUCUUCAACCACCUCGAUGACAUCGACAGCCCUGGAACAUCCACGGAGACCGGAUAUCUCGACUUCAAAUACUUGACCGCACAUCUCGAGACCCACGAUAUCUACCGAUACAUCAGCUCCCUCACGACGCCUCCGUGUACCGAGGGUGUGGCCUGGUACAUCAGCGCUGAACCGCUGCCGUUGGAUGUGACGAGCUUCAACAAGAUCAAGCGAAUUCUGAAGUUCAAUGCUCGCUUUACUCAGAAUACCCUUGGUCAGGAGAAUGUGUUGAAGGUGGCUGUUCAGGCGGUGGAUUAG